ACAACGUUGAACUGCUUAAAUACUCGUUUGCAAGCUGCCACUGAGCAAAGAACUAAGAAGUUGCUGGCUGACGACCGACGCGAACCUGGACGCGAACAAUUUUGUGCUUAAGUUCCAGCCGCUGUGCAGUAUACUAUCAACUCGCUGACGGCUAUAUGCUAUGUUAGCUGAUAGUGGGCGGCUUACGGGCACCAUGUGCUGCUGCUGUACGCAAUCCAAAUGUCAGUGUCGCGCAUAGGUUCCAGGCGAACGUGGCUUACCUGCAUAUGCAUAUAUCUGGCAUCAUCAUGUCAGCGGGGUAGCGCAGAGGAUCGACGGGGGCUCGGCGGGGGCUUGGCGGUGAGCGAUGGGGGCUUGGCGGUGAGCCGUGGGGGCUCGGCAGUGAGCUGGCCUGGCAGCAAAGGCUCGGACGCACCCAUCGCCCCCCCUGAACCGCCUGGGACCCCGGACACGCCACCAUGGCCGCCAUCGCUACCCCAAACUCCGUCACCACCUCCGUCGCCCCCGCCCAUGUUCUGCCCCCGCCUGCCGCCGUACCCGGGGCUCGCCGCCGCCCAGGUCCUCCCCUGUGACGCCGAGUACCCCUUGCCGGACGUGUGCGGGCUCGGCUUACUCAACGGAACGCGCAUCAGCUUCGGCCCCGGGGACGUGCUGGCGAUAGAGUACACCAACCUAAACAGCAGCCGGGCCGCCUUGUCCCGGCUGGUGCUGAGCGCGGAGCGACUCACAUUCAGCAGCGCUAGGGCCCGGGAGGAUUGGGCAGCACCCGCGGCCAUAGUGCUGCUGGCGUCGGGUCUGUGCGUGGGGCCGGGCACGGCCGCCCUGUCCACGUGCCUGCACAACCUGUACCAUGGUGUGCCGCCGUACCGCGCCUGCCUGGGCUGCUUCGGGCUGGGCAUGGUGCGCGAGCUGGGCGUGCCGGCGGAGGCGACUGGCGUGUGGGAGGGCGGGGCGGCGGGCGCGGGUGACACGUCGUACUACCGGUCCCAGCUGCCGCUGGACGCGCCCUCGCUCUUGUACUUUGUAGCCUCAGUCAGCUCACACAUUGUGGAAGUGAACUAUGCCCGAGUGGCCCGCCUGCUGUACAUGCCGGGCACUGCGGCGGCCUUCAUGCCGCCAUCCGGGCUCUCCUACAUCAACGUGACGCGCAGCAACGCGACCGGGAACAGCACGGGCUCAGCCGGCAACGACUACAGCGGUGGUGGUGGUGGUGGUAGUGGCGAUGCAGCGGAGGCGCUGGCAGACGGUUUGCAUGCCAGCGGUAACACGAGCUCCCCGAUGCCAGCAUCGGCUGAUGUGGUGGCCGUGCCUUCGCCGCAGCAGCCCGUGUCUAAGCUGACGUCGGGUGUUGCACUAUCGCGCUGCGGCGGGUCGAAAGGGCUGCUUUGGGCUGCCUUCACAGUAGCGAUGUGGCUCGCGUAUGCGUGAGGCGGUUGACGAGCACCGGCCAGGAUGUGCAUGUUGCAU